ACUUGUAGUUCCCUGGUCGGGAGAAUGAAUGUGUAUUGAGCCGGUAACAGUGUUCUGUGGCCAUUGUCCCUAUACAACCCAGAAAGUGCACCCUGUGCAGAUUGUGUUGUCUGGAUAGCAGGUGCUCGGCGCGCCACGAAUAUGCCAAGGUUAUAAAGAAUAAAUAAUCCGACGAAAUAGAAGAAUAGAAAAAUGAAUAAGACUUCCUUGCCGUUCAAUAAACCAAUACGCUUCUGUAAGCAGUGCAGUGUAUGCCAAUGCGCCAAGUCCCGCUCUCGUAGACCCGAGAUCUCGAAAGACCCAGUCAAUUUGGCGAACACAGUGAGAGCGCACUUAUCGGGAAAGUCUGGAAAUGUGGUUAAAUGCCCCGUGUGUCUUACCAGCAUUAUCGUAGAGUCUGUGGACCAAGCCAUAGAGUACAAGAGAGCAGACCCUGAUAUGGAUGAGUAUGUUUUCCCGAGGCUGAGCUUCUCUUCAGACAAUGGUUACGUGAGUAUCUGUCAUUCAUGUGAUACCGGCGAGGCUGAGGUUAAAUGUAUCGAGUGUAACCAGAAGCUCUGUUUUGACUGUGUGCGGACUCAUCUUCGUACGAAAGCCACAAAGCGGCACCAUGUCACUGGGAUCGUGGAUCCUGACUCCACACCGACCCAUUCCAGGUCCCCCUCCCCAGUGCGGAUAAACCCAAGGACUCGCACCCCUUCACCCACCCGGAAUGGCCGUGGUAGGUCUAAGUCGCCUAUCCGAAACGGCAGGACUAGAUCGCCUUCUCCAAUUAGGAACGGACGAAGUAGAACACCUUCACCAAAGCGAAACUUCCAUUUCAACGUGGUCAGAAAAAGCGUGUCGCCAAAAAGGAACGACAGCACGAGAAGCGGCUCUCCCAAACGGAGCACUGGGAGUGAUGUUCCGUAUGGGUCGUACUGUACCGACUCCGGCGUGGAGGACUCGCUCUCUCCCAUUUCACCAUUUGAGAGUUAUUCGUUCACUCCAAACCACGUCACGUUCAAUACGCGAUUGUCACACCUGACAAUGGAGGAUGCUUACCAGAGAGGGAACUCUCCUCGCGCCAGCGAGAGGAAGCAGUUUGAUUUUAAACCGGUGAGAAAUUCAUUUAGCAGCUGGAAAAAUGACUUUAACCAAAUCACGAUGUUUGAACUACCGAGUUAUGUUCUAGCAAUGUGCUCAGGCUCGCGAGACCAGUGCUGGAUUUCGGAGGCAAAGUCGUCAGCGAUACACCUGUAUAAUGUCGACGGAAAGCACGUAAAGAGCGUGGAAAUCUACAACGAAGUGAGGGAUAUGGUGGUGAACAAGGCAACCGACGAACUGUUUGUCUCCUGUUUCCCCAGCAAGCACAUAAAGGUCGUGAACUCCGUAGGAGAAGUUGAAACGUUCGCGACGUCAUCGCUUCAUCCUGCAGGGAUUAGCGUUAACAGCCAUGGCGAUAUCAUUGUCUGCGCCGUCGAAGACCUGCGAAGACGGUACAAACCGGAACACAAAAAUUGCUUGCAAGUGUACAGCAAAGAGGGUCGGCUGAAACGCGAAAUAGAACGCGAUGUAAAUGGCGACAAAAUCUUUGCCUAUCCUGAAUACAUCGAUGUCAACAUCAAUGGUGACAUGAUUAUUUCCGACAUUGAGAGAGAGCACGUGGUUAUCCUUAACAACGAUGGAAAGGUCAGACUUGUGUAUAAAGGGCCGCCAAAAGGAACCCUGGACAAACCGUUUGACCCGCGUGACGUCAAAUGCGACAAAGACGGGAACAUUGUCGUCUGUGACAUCAACAACAACUCUCUUCAUCUACUGGACAUUAAUGGCGCCUUUAUUCGCUUGCUUCUUUCAGAGGAAAAUGGUCUCUACUGGCCGGACGUUGUUGCUAUUGACAACCGAGGUCACAUCUGGGUACGGGAGCUAUGGCAACACACCGUCAAAAUUUUUAAAAACGUGUGAAAAAUUGCUGACUGUGAUAUUUAGUAUGCAGGAUUAUCCAUUGUGUAUUGCGGAAUGGGGUCAUAGUGAUUAACUUGAGAGGAUUAGAAAUAAUUUGCAGUAUUAUUUGUUACCUGUUCCAUGUUUUGGGAUUUCUUGCCGUAUGACCAGUGAUCAUUGUGUAAUGUCGAAGUUCCUGAUUUUUUUUUAUCUAUAGCAGUCAUUUAUUGAUCGAUAUAAGAAAGAAAUCACUGUUCAAUUUAAAGGGUAUAAAAAUGUUCCGGCAAUUCGUAAACCAAGCAACCAAUUGAGCCCUCCUUCAUAUCGUCGUAAUUUACUUGCUUCUUUUUUGUCAUGUCGAUAUUGGUAAUGAAACUUUUGAAGUUUGAUGCAAUUGGCAAUAAAACCCCAGUUCUCGGAAUAAUGACAGACAAUUCAACAAAGAACUAAAUAGAAGCCCUGAAUAGUAAGCGUUCAUCCUGUUUAUCUGUAUUGUUCGCGUUCGUGUAUUAUUUUCUUUUCAAUUAUUUAUUUCGAAUUCUCUUCUUUUUUCGUGCGUUAGAGACAGGCUGGCUUCAACAAACAUUUCAAUAACGUUAUGGGUGACAAAAAGAUAUGAAAACCCUUUUAGUGAAAAUUAUUGUGAGGCUUACAAAGGGUUUUGUUAAAUUGAAAAUUAAAAGCUUUUAUGUAUACUAGUUAAACCAAGCCUUUUAAUUUUGCUAUGUAUACGAUUAGAUCGAAUUCACGUGUCAAAACGUAAAGUGCCUUGUAUAAAAGUAGCGAUCAAUUAUACCCAGUAUGAAUUAAAGUAUGAUGGCAUUCCACAGUAUCAGUAAUAUGUAAUAUUGGGUGAUAUUUAGAGGUUAAAGGUAUGAUGAUUUAUCUCGAUGAAAUAUGUGACAAAAAACGGACCAAAAUUUCUAUAACUUCUUUCAUAUGAAAGGAGAAGGUUAAUAUGAAAGACACGAAUGAGAGGAGUGUGGAUACAAGGUUGAGAAUUAUAUCUUCAUAAUAAUUAAGCAUUGAUGGACCAUCAAUGUCGAUGAUGAUGUAUUUUCAUAAAAACUUGGAGAGCAAAAUUGAUAUGGCAUGUUUGAAAGGUGCUAAUUUUUCAUUUUAUUGAAUACGAUUUAAAUGUCGUAUUAUGUGUAUUCAGGCAGGUGGAUAGGUUAUCGCAAGUGUUUAGAAGGUAGAAAUAGCUGUAGAUAAAUGAAAAUGUUGGGGUUUGAAUUCCUGUAUUUACUCUGUUAGACACGACAGUCCAAUUUCUUGCAGAGAAUCUUAACUCUUGUUUGAUUGCCAACUGCUUGGGACAACUUUCCGAUUGAAUAGAGAGCUACUGACAAGCCUUAUUACACGUGUCUGUACACUAAGAAUUGGCAUGAGGAUCAGGCAGAGUAAAGAACGUUCACUCCCGGAGUAUUCUGAGGGUCUACACAGAAAUAAAUGUCCAAUUUACCUGUGUUAUUGGAGCUGUGGGGUCAAUGUCCACACAUAAUAGUGUUUCUUCUAUACGCAUGCACAAGUUACGUUGUUGUUCCUGGAGGGCCCCUGUUGAAUUAAUAUACCCCCCCCCACCCCCUUCCACCACCGUCCGACAUUCUGCCCAGUCAUCCGAGAUUCAUAAAUAUUUAUAACUUAAUGUUUUUUAUUUAUUUAUAUGUACGAGUAUUUAAUAGUUUGUUGUUGUUUAUUUAUUGGUAAGUGUUAUCAGAAAUUUUGUUUUAACAAUUAUUCUACGAUUAGGUUUGUUAUAUAUAAAACUUUUUUUUAAUAAAUUUUAUUAUGAUCAAUCGAACAGAAAAGAUCAGUAUUAUAUAGUGUCGUUUUGAACUGCUUAUUUAUUUGUUUAUUUCCUCUAUUUUUCCUGUAUGCACAUCGUUAUGUGAUGCGUACAGUUGCUACGUGUUACGUGAAUAAAGUAAUGUGUACACCACCACAGCGACAUAUGUCUUAUUUAGUGCAUGAUAUUGUUAUUCGUACGUGUACGUAUAUGAUUGUUAAAUUUAUUUUACACGCAUUGUUGUAUUCAUUUCUGUUAUUGACUGACCCCAGAAAGGUCCCAUUUUAGUCAUCUGUUUUCAUUUCUGUGACAAUGUCAAUAAAACUAUCAGACGG